AUGAACUUAAAAGAAUUAGCGAAUUUACCAAUCUUAAAAUUUAAAGAAAAAAAGCUGUUUACAGAAGCAAUCACUCAUAGAAGUUACUCAUACGAAAACAUUAAAGUAAAUUACAGUUAUGAAAGACUGGAAUUUCUUGGAGAUUCAAUCGUAAAUUUGAUGGUUGGAGAUUUCCUGUAUAAAAAAUUUCCCGAUUAUGAAGAAGGAAAAUUAACUGAACUACGUUUAAAAUUAAUUUGUGAAGAAACUUUCGCUCAAUUUAGCUUGGCGAUUAAAUUAGAUAAGCAUAUAAAAUUAGGAAGAGGCGCUGAAUCAAUAAGAAAUGGAAAUAAAUUGUUGGCCGAUGUUUUCGAAUCAUACAUUGCUGCUGUGUUCAUCGACUCGGUUGACAAAAAUCUUGAUCCUAUUAAUCGAUUACAAAUUUGGGCGGUAAAAAGAGGGUUUGAGACCCCAAUAUAUGAUGAUCUUACUCCAAAAGAUGCACCAAAUACCAACAACACUGAAUUCAGAUUUAAAGCCAUCAUCAAUUCUAAAAUUCAUGAAAUACAUCGCCAAUUAGAAAGUGAGGGUAAUAGAAGGGAAAGAAAUGACGACGGUGGAAUAAAAAGAAAUAUUGAUGAUAAUAACAAUAACAAUAACAUUGCAGAAUGGUCUAAAGUAAUGUGUCCAGACUCUGUUUUUUUAAAUGAUGGAUUAGGCGGGUUUUUAUGUUUAGAGGAAAUUGAUGGCAUUGAUAUAGAAUAUGAUGAACAUACGGGAGCAAGUGAUGGAAAAACUAAAGUUAAAUCAAAAAAAAAAAACUUAAAGAAAAACCCCCCUGCUAAACCAGAAGAGCCUUUAUCCAUGGAAGUUAAUGAAGAUCAAGAUAAAAACAUGGAUAUAAACCACAAAGACGUCAAUGAUUUACAAUCUGAAAGUGAAGAAGAAGAACAAGUUAUUGUUGACAAUAAGAUAGCUGCUGAAACACAAAUUAUUGAGACUUCAAAUGAAGAAUUAUUAGAUUCGGGAAAAUCGGCAUGGGAUCGGUUCAAUCUUUCAUCUGAUAUGAUGAAAGGCUUGGAAUUGCUUAAAUUUGAUAAACCAACACCAAUUCAAGAGAAAACAUUGCCUGCCAGCUUAACUGGUAGAGAUGUUGUGGGUGCAGCAGAAACUGGUUCAGGGAAAACACUCGCUUUUGGUAUUCCUAUCUUAGAAUACAUCAUUAAAAGGAAAAACAACAAUGAAAAUCAGUUCAACGAACUUGUUGGACUUAUUUUGACUCCCACUAGAGAAUUGGCCAUUCAAAUAAAAGAUCAUCUUCAGAGUAUCAGCAAAUUUUCUUCAAUCAAUGUAACUCAUUGCUUAUUUAUUUAUUUAACUAUAAUAAAAAUAGGAGGGAUGUCUUUACAAAAGCAACAAAGGUUACUAGAAAAAAAUCCAAAUGUUAUUAUUGCAACACCUGGGAGAUUAUGGGAAAUAUUUUCAGAGAAGGACGCUUUUAUUAAAAAACUUCGACUUGUAAGAUUUUUGGUUUUGGAUGAAGCCGAUAGAAUGCUCGAGAGUGGACAUUUUAAAGAAUUAGAUCAUAUCCUUUCAGUUUUAUCUUUGGAAAGACAAAACACAGAUCAUCAGGAUUCAAAUAAUGCUGUGCAAUCAAGACAGACAUUUGUAUUUUCAGCUACUUUGGAUAAAACAUUGAAGGAAAAAUUGAAGCAAAAAAAAGGCUUCAUGACAAAAAAUCCAAAAAAUAAUAAUUCUUCAGGAACUCUUGAUGAAUUAAUGCAAAAACUGGAAUUUAGAGAUCCAGAUCCUGUGUAUGUUGAUAUUACACCCGAAAAUGCUGUAGUUACCACUUUGCAAGAAUCUAAAAUUGAUUGUUUAGCUAAAGACAAGGAUUUGUAUGUUUAUUAUUUUAUAACAUGUUAUCCAGGCCGUACAUUAAUUUUUGUCAAUAGCAUUGACUCGAUUCGUCGGCUUGUUCCAAUUUUGAAAUUAUUGAAAAUUGAAGUUAUUGGAUUUCAUGCACAAAUGCAACAAAGGCAACGUCUUAAGAAUUUAGAUAGGUUCAAAGCAAAUGAUAAUGUGGUGAUGGUUGCAAGUGAUGUGGCUUCGCGUGGCUUAGAUAUACAUCAAGUGGAUCAUGUGAUUCAUUAUCAUUUGCCUCGUUCUAGUGAUAUAUAUGUUCAUCGUAGUGGGCGUACAGCACGUGCAAGCAAGGAAGGUGUCAGUUUGAUUUUAUGCAGUCCUGAAGAAUUGAGCUUAUACAGAAAAUUGUGUCAGAAGCUAAAUAAAGUUGGGAUUGCUGAAUUUCCAACGAAUGGAGGAUUUGUCAACAUGAUGAAACAAAGAAUUGAGUUGGCAAGACAAAUUGAUCAAGAUGAACAUAAAUUACAAAAGACAAAUUAUGAAGAAGAUUGGUAUAAGAAAGCAGCAAAAGAUUUGGAUGUUGAUUUAGAUGAUAAUAGCUCUCAAACUAGUAAAAAACAACAAAAUUUUAUUAAAGGAAAAAUUAAAUCAAUGAAAUUGGAAUUAGAUAAACUUUUAUCACAACCAUUAAUACCAAAAGGGGUUUCUACCAAAUAUUUAACAAGUGGCGUUGUUAGAGAUUUAGCUGACAGAUUACUAGACAAAUCAUCAUGUAGAACAUUUUUGGCUUAG